CACACACACAACCAAUUCACCCCUCUCUUCACCCCUCUCUCACCCUCCUUUCCUCGCUCCAUUCACCUUCCCCAUUCCCGACCUAACUAACACCUCUCUCUAACUAACAUCCCUCCACAGAAAAACCGGCGCAGCAUCCCCCCCGAGCCGGCCCUGCGCGGGGUGUGCGCCGGGCGUCGCGACGCUCUCUCUCUCGACACAGCUCCGACCCCGGACCAGUCCACGCCUUUGCUCAUCCCCAGGUGCACCUCUUCGACGGCCUCCUCUCCGACAGUUUGUGAUGAUGAUGAUGGGCCAAAAGGGGUGCAAAUCGUCGCGUCAGAGGAUGGACGGGCGCGGGGAUGGAUCCACCAGGAGCCUGUGAGGUAAUGGGACACUCGUACAUCGCUGUUAUUGUCGUCGACAAUUCGUACGAGGCCACUUAGAAUCGCUUGUCCUUCUGUUCGGGGUCGCAUCAGAAAGGGCUCCAACGCGACGAUGACGCGACGACGCCCGGGCUCCUCCAGCAGGUGGUCGUCGUGACGCCAACAUGAACUCGUCGCUGGCGACAAUCGACGGCAAUUCGUCACUCAUCAACGACGUCGUCCACGCGCCCACCUACAACAUCACCGAGGUCGUGCUCUUCGGCACCAUCGCGGCCAUACUAGCCAUAAUCACCGUCAUUGGGAACAUAAUGGUAAUGAUUUCGUUCAAAAUCGACAAACAACUCCAAACCAUCAGCAACUACUUCCUAUUUUCCUUGGCCGUGGCCGAUUUCGCCAUCGGAUUGAUAUCGAUGCCUCUGUUCACCAUCUACACGUUGCUGGGCUACUGGCCUUUGGGCCCGCUGGUGUGCGACACCUGGCUGGCCUUGGACUAUUUGGCGAGCAACGCCAGCGUUUUGAAUUUGCUCAUCAUCAGCUUCGAUCGGUACUUCUCCGUCACCAGGCCGUUUUCCUACAGGGCGAAAAGGACGACCAGAAGGGCCGCCUUUAUGAUCGCAUGCGCCUGGGGCAUAAGCCUGCUACUCUGGCCCCCCUGGAUCUACAGCUGGCCCUACAUCGAAGGCCAACGGACGGUGCCCCGGGACGAAUGCUACAUACAAUUCAUCGAAACCAAUCACUACAUCACCUUCGGCACCGCCAUCGCGGCCUUCUACGUUCCGGUAACUGUCAUGUGCAUACUCUAUUGGAGAAUAUGGAGAGAGACGGAAAAAAGACAAAAAGACCUGCCCAAUUUGCAAGCGGGCAAAAAGGACAGCAGCAAACGCAGCAAUUCCAGUGUAUUCGUGUGCAGUGACGAGCAGAACAACGCCUGUUCGACGGUAGACCUCGAAGAGUGGAAACGACCGAGAUCGGAGUCUACCGGCGCCGAUUCGGACUCGGUCUACAUGCACGGGAACGUCGUCGAUUUGAAGCGCAGGAAACGGCCGGGGGCGCUGGUGGAGCCCCGCCGACGGGGCUGGAUAUCGGGCGUGUGGCGGGUGCGCGAAUGGUGCGUGGCCUGGUGGCAUUCGGGCCGCGAGGACGGCAGCGACACCGAGGAGGAGAGCCCCAGCGAACAAGGCCAGGGCUGCGUCACGCCCGUUUCCUUGGAUACGCCGCUACAGAGCUCCGUGUCGAGGUGUACGUCGCUCAACGUCAUCAGGGAUCACGCCCUGGUGCAGGCCAAUAUGACCCCUACGAGGCUGGCGCCGAGAGAUUCGAGAAGUCUACCGGCUGGUAACCGGCUGACCGCGAGGUCGGUGUCUACCGAUAGCGUCUACACCAUUUUGAUCAGAUUGCCUGGGGAGCCCGGCGACGGCGACGCCGCCUCUGGCGAGGCGCCCUCUAUCAAGAUGAUACCCGAGACGCAAUCGAGGAACCACCAAGGCGUGGAACAAACGAACUACUCGAACCGUCGACCGUCGGCCAUGCCGGACAUCCGAAUACCGUUGAACGCGAAGAUAAUACCGAAACAAUUGGCCGGCAAGGGGGCGGCGCUGAACGCGAACGCCGCCGUCAAACCGCCGGCGAAGAAAAAGAAGAAAACCCAAGAAAAGAAAGCCGACAAGAAGGCGGCGAAAACUUUGUCGGCCAUUUUGCUGACGUUCAUCAUCACGUGGACACCUUAUAACAUUUUGGUGUUGCUGAAGCCGGUGACGUCGACGUCGAUGGGUCUACCGCCGCAAGUGUGGGAUUUUUUCUAUUUUUUGUGCUACAUCAAUUCGACGAUUAAUCCGGUGUGCUACGCCUUGUGCAACGCCAGUUUCCGCAGGACCUAUCUCAGGAUUUUGCAGUGCAAAUGGCAGAACAGAAACAGGGCGGCCAUGAACAGGGGAUAUUAUAAUUGA